UGGUCCAAAGAAUGGUCUGGGGCUCCCCUUCCCUGUUACUACUGCCAGAAGACCGUCCUUGUCUCAGGAAAUGUUACACAGGUACCAAUGGAAACUGCUAUGGUCUUCUUUUCCCCUCCUACUGUCUAAGAAGCCUGAAAGAAAACCAUCAGCCACCCGAGGACCAUCAGGAUGAGUGACAGCACUACAUUGGCUCCUCCAGCUUCCAACCAGGGUCCCACCACCCCACGCAAAGGGCCCCCCAAGUUCAAGCAGAGGCAGACUCGCCAGUUCAAGAGCAAACCUCCUAAGAAAGGUGUGAAAGGGUUUGGAGAUGAUAUUCCAGGCAUGGAGGGGCUAGGAACAGACAUCACAGUGAUUUGUCCCUGGGAGGCAUUCAGCCACCUGGAGCUGCAUGAGCUUGCUCAGUUUGGGAUCAUAUGAGGCGCCGGAGCAUCUGCCACUCUCCACGCCACCUGCUUUAGCUUUGCUUACUUCUGCCCUCUUGAUCUGCCUGAGCCUUGAAAUUCAGCUGUCGGAAGUGGUUUCUUUGACUUACACAGUCACUUCCCAUAAGUUACUACUACGAGUUCUCUUGGUGUCAGACUCUCCCAUGCAGAACAGUUGAGCUCAGAGUAGUGGGCGAAAUCAACUUCUGACCGGGCGUUUCAGACGUUACCAUUUUUCCCUAUCAGCUGAAUAGAUGUCAUCAGUAUUUCUCUAAAUUUUGUUUAAGUCCUUCAAAUCUGUUUUUGCUAGGCAUUCAUUAUGACUGGUAGUAGUCUUUUAAGAUACCAUUUAUGUCACUUCUCUCCCCUUUCCAUUUAAUAAAGGAGAUAUUUACCUCGAAUCUCAUGAUGAAGUUGUAUUAAAUGCUAUAUGCAAGUAUCUGAUGCCCUGUUCUGAGAACCACUUAAACAAAGAAGGCAUAGUCACACAGGAAGUGAGCAUGGCGCAUGCAAAAGAACAUAGGAUUAGUAGGCAAGUCCUGCUUCUGCUUUGUUACUUUCUGAAUCAUGACAUUUCUGGGUCUACAUUUUAUUGAACUAGGUCGUCCUUGAGGUCUGAUGCAGCUUUAAAUUGAACAGUUCUAAGUUAGUGGAAGACUGGAGAUUCAACUCAAGACUCUGACCAU